AUGAUAGUAGGUACAAGAGUAAAUCCAUAUUUUUAAAGCAAUCGCCGAGGUGGAAGUGCUAUAAAAUGUGGAAGAUUAGAAAAUAAUAGUAGUUUUUAAACUCCAAAAAUGAUAAUGCAAAACUCAGCUGAAGAUAAAUUGUUGGUAAUUUAAUUCCUUAAAAUGUCAGAUGAAAUAAUAAGAUGUAAAUCAAUUAAGAUAGAGUCCCUCUUUUAAACUUAAAAAUACAAGAUUUCAUACACCAGGAAAACAUGAGGAGCUAAAGAAAUAAACUAACAUUUAAGAAACCUAUGCUCGUAAAACAAGGAUCACAGUCUUGGAAUCUUUCUAUCAUUAACUAGGAACUGAUGAUGACAUUUCAGUUGUAAAAAAUACUCAGUAAGUCAAAAGGAAAUUGAUAAAUAUAACUCCAUCUUCCUAAACUGCAUUCAUCUCGAAAAAAAAUUAAGAACUCGAAGAAGAAAGCAUUGAGGAAGCACAUUUCUAAUUUGUAUAAAUGCAAUAAAAAUAUAAAUAAUGGUUGGAGAAUUUUGAAAAGAAAAGUGGAAAACAACUUUGA